CAAACUGUUGUGCUCCCGGAGCUGAAGUAGCGACUGCGGCUUUUCUCGCGAUACUUGCUCAGUGGUUACGGAACAGAAUGGCAGCCGUCUCGCUGAGGUCCUGUCGCAGAGGACUUUCACACUUUUUAACUAAUGCAGGGCUCACAGCUUUGUCCUCAAACCGAAUGGAAGACAGGAGACACAAAUCUACAGUUCAGUAUGCUUCAAGACCAGACCUACCAAAACUGGCCUACAGGAAAGUGAAGGGGAAGAGUCCAGGUGUGGUUUUCCUCCCCGGCUUUGCCUCCAACAUGAAUGGGCAGAAAGCCGAGGCCCUGGAGGAGUUCUGUAGGUCAUUAGGGCACUCGUACCUCAGGUUUGACUACACAGGACAUGGCGCCUCAGAGGGAGUGUUAGCAGAAGGAACUAUAGGUACCUGGAAGAAAGAUGUCCUUUUUGUGUUGGAUGAGUUAACUGAGGGUCCACAGAUACUGGUUGGUUCCAGUAUAGGGGGCUGGCUCAUGCUGCUGGCUGCCAUUGCAAGACCAGAGAAGACUGCUGCACUGGUUGGCAUCGCCACCGCUGCUGAUCAUUUUGUCACAUCAUUUAACUCUCUCCCACUGGAGACUCGCAAGGAGUUUGAGGAGAAAGGGGAGUGGACGGUGCCCAGCAAGCACUCUGAGGGAGGUGUUUUCAAGAUUAGCCUAAACUUUCUGCGUGAAGCUGAAAAUCACUGUGUGCUUCAUAGUCCCAUCCCAGUCACCUGUCCUGUACGGCUCAUUCAUGGGCUUAAAGAUGAGGACGUCCCCUGGCACAUCUCCAUGCAGGUGGGAGAACGCAUCCUCAGCCAGGAUGUGGAUAUCAUCCUCCGACGACAUGGCCAGCAUCGCAUGUCUGAUAAGGAUGACAUCAAGCUUAUGGUCUACACUAUUGAUGAUCUCAUAGACAAGCUGACCACCCUGGUCUGAGCGGAAGAUCGAGAUGUUCCUGAAAGAAAGAGUGACUGUCAGCUUGGAAGGCAACCCUCAAGGAAACUACCAAACAAUGGCACGUUUCUCUGCCAAAUAUGACCUUUUAUCCAUCGUUUUUUUUGUUGUUUUCCUUUUUGUCUUUUUUCCUGUAUGUCAUACAUUGUCGUUAUGUAAACAUGUCAUUACAGUACAAACAAUAUUGAAAGGAGUCUAGCUCGUAGCUGCUCCCUAAUACUUUCAGGUUGCAUUUAUACGUGAUUCUGGUCAUUGUGUGGAGUGUUAUAUUGGUCAGCCAUUAUUAGGUCUUCCAUUGUUCUCACCCUUUGGCUGUUUUCCCUCGCUGUUUUAAGUAGAAACACAGUUGUUCUGUGCCUUUUUUAUCUCUUAUCACCCUUUUGACAAAUAAAACCUCUGCACGCUAAA